AUGACUUCUCCAUCUAAGGUUUGCUAUAUGCCUUCUCUAAACACCGUGUCUAAGCGUGAUAGAAACUUAGAUGAAUCUUCAACGCAGACUGCUCUCUUUGACGAGCUACUUCGCCGGUACAAUUUUGAUUGGGCAGAAGAUGUGGAGGAAGAGGCUGCAGCUAAAGGAAAUCUACCUAUGGUUGCUGCACCGAAGCCUCUUGAUUCCUCCUUGCCCAAGGCCAAGUGGUACAAUGAAUCCUUCCCGACUCUCAACUACGCGCCUACUCCCCGGUUUAAGCCAUCCUUUUCAACCACCAAUGAAGAGAUAUGGAAUGAGCCAUGGGGCUGUGCUGAUGAAUCUAUGGAUGCAGCCUCAAGCUCCUCUAACGAACUCCAGACCGACUCCGAUGAGUCUAGCAGUACAGCUUCGAGUUAUGAGGUGGCUCUUCCAGAGGACGAGUUCCGCCGUGAGCAAUCUACCCCAAAUGCGGAAUCCGAGGCAUAUUCAGUUGCACAGCUAGCUGUGGAUACCAUCUUCUCUGAUCGUCAAUCAUGGAUGGAAGUCGACGAGGAGAUACAUCACUUUAACUGGAUGGGAGUACAGACUUACAACCACUGUGCCACUUCCCCAUCUGACUCGCUUGCCAUCAUCUUGGCAAACCCCAAGAAUCCCCAGGGAAGUGCCAUCUUGAGAAUUCAACUACUUCUGAGCCGAGCAGUCCAGUACAUAGACCCGGUUCUUGUUCUUCUCGAUGACACCGACGAUAGCCUGUUCGCCCUCCGGGGGUCGGAGCUUGUCCGUGCAUCAACCGGACGAGUUUUCAAGUUCUAUUCGCCACAUGGAAGGUGGUUGGAGGACCCGAAUGACACGAGCGAAGUAACAACUACAGACUUUGGUAGCGUACAGACUUACGACGCCUCAGAUUUGGCCAUUGGAAAUGGCUUCGUGGAGUCCAGUGUUAUUCGAUCGGUGUCGCAGUGGAAAGAGGCUCGGGAUGAAGCCUGCAGUGACUCUGGAGGAUGUCUGCGUCCGCGGAGGAUGGAUUGGGAGCGGAAACCUUCGCCGUUGAGUCAAUGUGAGUCAAUUCUGCCAGAGAUAGUCCCCGAGUUACCACAGCCAGAGAUCGAGAAUCAGGCAAAGAAACCACCCCGCAAGAUCACAACUUGUGUUAUUGGGGCACCCGCUGAGGAGUAUUUCUCCUUUCCCACUCCAGUCUUUCGUCGUACCAGGAUCAGACGGGCACUUGCAAAAGCUCGACAGGGGCUUGGAUCUAUGCUCACAUCAUUGAAGCGAAAAUUCAGGUAG